GGACCCCCGGGGGCGCCUCCCCCUCCCCCUCCGCCAUGACGCCGUGUCCACCGCCGGUCCGGCUCCUCCUCCGCCGGGCGGCCUUCCUCCUCUCGCUCUGCCUCCUGACUCAGGGCCACUUCCUCCCCGCACACGCCGCCGCUUCCUCCGCCGCUUCCGCCUCUCUUCCGCGCUCGGGAGGCGGUGGUGAAGAGGAGGAGGACGGGGAUCUCUUCCGGGACGUGGAGCCCGAGGCGCUGGCGGCGGCGCUGCUGCAGGCUCUGCGGGGCCGGGGCGCGGACGCGGGGGGCGAGACCCUCAGGACCCUGGAGAGCGCCCGCUCGGAAGAGGAAGCGGCGCCGGAGAAAGAGGAGGAGGAGGAGGAGGAGGAGGAAGAGCGUGUGGGGAAGCUGCUGAGGGAGCUGCGGCGCUUCGGACCCCCAGAGGCGCGAGAGGAAGAGAAGGAGAAGAAGGAGAAGGGAGAGAAGGAAGAGGGCGUCCUGGCGGCGCUGGAGCCCUUCCGCCCGCUCCGCCCGGGCCCGGCCUCCAAGCGCCGCGCGCCGCUCCUCUCCCCGGGGCCCCCGGCCUCCUCCUCGGGGAAGAAGCCCUCUCCCGGUGCCUCCUCCUCCGCCUCCUCCUCCUCCUCCGCGCCGGAGUCGGCCGGGGAGCGCCAGCUGAGGCAGCAGCAGCACCUGGAGCACCAGCUCCUCCAGCGGCGCUACCAGGAGCUGGCCGAGAGCCGGCGGCAGGCGGAGGAGGCGCGCCGGGCGGCGGCGGAGGAGGAGCGCCUGGCCGACAUGGCCUCCGACCUGCUCCUCCAGUACCUGCUCAAGGACGGGCAGGAGGAGGAGGAGGAGGAGGAGGAGGAGGAGAGGGGGAAGGGUCCCGCCGGGCGCAGAGGGGGCCCGCUGCUCUUCGAGGACGAGGAGGAGGAGGAAGGCAACGUGGCCGAGGACAAGCGCUCCAACGAGAUCCCGGAGGAGGAGGAGGAAGCGGAGGAGGAGGAGGAGGAGGAGGAGGAGGACGGGGAGGACAUCGACCCGCGGACCAUCGACCGGCUGAUCGAGCUCUCCUCGCAGCUGCACCUCCCCGCCGACGACGUGGUGGAUCUCCUCAACGAGGUGGAGGAGAAGAAGCGGAAGAAGGAGGAGCCCGCGCCCCGCCCCAAGCUGGCCCCGCCCCCGCCCCGCCCCGCCCCCUUCUCCUUCUGGAAGAACAAGCCCCUCCCCCCCAGGGAGGAGGAGGAGGAGGAGGACGAGGAGGACGCCUGGAACGAGGUCCUGCCCAAGAAGAAGGGGCUCGCCCCCCCGCACUGGCCCCCCCCGCAAGAUCUCCAACGCCAUCCGCCCCUGGGACUUCCGGCCCGCCCCCCCGGCCGCGCCCCCGCGCUUCUUCCGCGCCCCGCCCCCUCCCCGCCCCCAAAAAAGCCGCGACCCCGAACUGGAGAACUACCUGGACAGCGUGCUGGGGAAGCGCCCACGGGUCUUCCAGUGAGACCCGUCCCCCUCCCCCAAAGAAACUGGGCCGCUCUCUGUCUCUCCCCUCCCCCUCCCGGCAUCUGCAUGAGUCAGAACAACACCUCCCCUCCCCCACGGAAAGGAAAAGGGAAAAGGGGGAGGGGGACUCCCGGCUGCCUGCCCACCCCCCUCCCACGACCCCUCCCUCCCUCCUAAAAAAGGGAGUCCAAGCCCAAGGGGAACCCCCUCCCCAAUUUCCCAUAUAAAGGACGUCUAGGCAUCUCUAGGUCGGGCUUUGUUCCAUGUGUUUUGGACUCCAACUCCCAGAAUUCCUCACAGCCUCAGGCCCCUUCCUUUUGCCCCUCAGCCGCUUAAGCGGCUGAGGGGCAAAAGGAAGGGGCCUGAGGCUGUGAGGAAUUCUGGGAGUUGGAGUCCACAUGGAAUAAGACCCAAGUUGGCCCAGGCCUCGGUUUAAGACCCCCCCCCCUCCUCCGCCGCAGCCAAAAGGGACCAAAGUGAGGUCAAAGUACAGAAGUUGUUCACAAUCCCACAAGCCCCCUCCCACGCUGCCCCUACCUCCCAGGACCUGUGUGUGUGCUUGUGUGUAUAUAAGCCGCUUAGAGGCCCCUUCCACACAGCUGAAUCAAUCCGACACGAUCUGCUUUGAGCCGGGAUAUGUGGGUUCAGAAAACCCAGUUCCAAGCAGACCUUGUGGGAUUUUCUGGGUUGUCUGUCUGGCUGUGAGUUCCGCAUGUAAACAAAGCGAGAAAUGCCAGGAAGGGCGCCAUCUGGUGGCUGAAGCCGCUCUUGCCCUGAGGGAGGGUCGUGGGGGGGGGGGGGGGGGAGAGGCAAAAGUGGGGUCCUGUGUUGGUUUCUCCCCCAAUUGAAAGGCUACGCACAUGGGAUCCAUUUGUAGUGAGAAAGUCCCUGGGAAAUUCGCAACACAGCCCCCUCCCCUUUCUGAUAGUUGAGACCCCUCCCCACUCGAGCCCCAAUCGAGUCCCAAAGGCCUCUAGUGCCAAACCCCAAACCCCCGCCUUUGGAAAUCAUAAUAAUAAUAUAACAAGGGUCGCCCUCCCCCUGGAAACCAGUAUCUCCCGGGUGGGGGGUGGGCAGGGGUUUCCGUGAGCCCCCCUUCCCAAAGAGAAAAGGAAAGUGGGGAGGGCGCAUGCGUGUCAGUCCAGGUCCAUCUCCCAAGCGACAGCCGGGUGGAUCCCCCCUCUAAAUUCCCACGGGGGGAGGGAGGGAGGAGGGGACGGGGGGCUUGGCUGCACGCCUUCAGAGACCCCCCCCCACCGCCCUCCCCCCCCCCCCUCCAGUGCGAAUUUCCCCUUCUUCGCUUCGUGAUGUCCAGUCCUGUAAGGAAAAAAGAAAAAAAAUGCACACAUAUAUUUUAAAAAACCAAAAAAAAGAAGAAAAAAGUACAAAAAAAGAAGAAAAAAGACCCCCCCCCCCCCUUUCCGAGUGUCCUGUGCUCCUGAUCCAUUCCGUUGUACUUGAAAUAAAAAACAAUGUUUGGCCUGUUGUAAAUAGCAUGUGGAAUUCCUAGUUUUGCUAAGAAAUAAAAGCAACUAUUUUAUUA